UUGAUAAAUUAUACGCAAUAACGGAGGUAGAUAUCUCGAGUAAUGGCAGUUACUAAAUUUAUCGACGUUGGCUUGAUGUAACAGUAUUUCUAUACGGAUUAUCCUAACACUGUUCCGAAAAAGAUUUACAGAGGAAGUAGAACGAAAAAUGGCCAAUGAGAAAAAGGUGGAAUAUAACUUCUUGGGCAAGACUGGAAUUAAGGUGUCCAACAUUUGUCUUGGUACCAUGACAUUUGGACAAAGCGAUGCAGGACCUGUCAUUUUCGGUAACCCAAGGCAAUCCAGUGAGGCCGACGCACACAAGAUCUUGGAUCGUUAUGUAGAGCUUGGCGGAAACUUCUUAGAUACUGCCAACAUGUACAGCAGCGGAAAGUCAGAGGAAAUAAUUGGUACAUGGCUGAAAAAGCAAAAUAACCGAGACGAUAUUAUCAUUGCGACCAAAGUUCGUUUCCGUGUGAACUUCUCUUCCCUAAACGACGUUGGACUUAGCAGACGACACAUCAUCAAAAGUUGUGAGGAUAGCCUUAAAAGACUGCAAACAGAUUAUAUAGAUUUGUACCAGGCUCAUAUGUGGGAUAAUGCUACACCAAUAGAAGAAACGCUUCGUGCUUUUGAUGAUCUCGUAAAGAGCGGGAAAAUCCGUUACUAUGGAUUUUGUAAUCUGUGUGGUUGGCAAAUGCAGAAAAUUGUAGAAACAACGAAGCAGCUUAACAUAAACCCAUGUGUCAGCUUACAGCAACAGUACAAUUUACUGCGACGGGAUUCCGAGCUUGAAGCUUUUAUGGUCUGCCAGAAUGACGGGAUAUGCGUGUUGCCAUGGAGUCCAUUAAGAGGGGGUAUGCUUACUGGAAAAUUCAAGAGAGACCAGAAACCUGACGCAACCGGAAGUCGAGCCGGGUACAUGCAUGCUAAAAGGGAGGAAGGGGAAAAUACCUCCGCGAGUAAUUGGGAAGAGUUCGGAAGUGAUGAAAACUAUUGGAAACUGAUUGCAGCCAUGGAAAAAGUCGCUAAAGCUAAUGGUAAAACUGUCCCCCAGGUAGCUCUGCGAUGGCUUCUACAGAAAGAAGUUGUGUCUUCUGUGAUAAUUGGAUGUACAUCAAUUCAGCAACUAGAAGACAACAUGGGCGCAUCUGGAGGCUGGGAAAUCUCACCUGAAGGGAUGAAAGAGUUGGAUGAGGCCGCUCCAUUAUUAAAGCCCCACCCAUACGACUGGCUCUGGGGAAUGGGGAAUUUGGAAAGAAUGAAUAGGUUUAACCGGUCCAACAAAGUGUGAAGAAACUACGAUGAGAAGAAAACAGCUUAGAAUACAUGUACAACAAUAAUUGUAGAAUACAGGUUGCGUUUAGUUUAGGAAACAUUAUUAAGUUAAAUACAUGUUUCAUUACAAAAAUAUUUACAAUAAUAUGAUAUUUUCAACAGGAUUAAGAAGUAAAUCAAAAGACUUUUGUAAAUGUCUUCCUAUGUAUUAAGUUUGAAUGCACUUUGAACAAGGUACUAUUUAACGGUGGGUGGGACAGAGAGAAAACUUCUGAAUGCCAGAGAUAAGCAUGUGUUAUGUAUGGUCUGUGUACAAAAGACACCGAAGUAAAGUAAAGUAAAGUUUAUCGAUUUUGGCAUGAAGUAUAUUCAUUUAAAAUUCAUUUGAAGUCAGUGCAAACACAGCAUAUUGAAGUGUACACAGCACACUCCUGAAGAACAAACCAAGAUUUUAACCAUAGUACAUCACAUUCAUUUCCGGUUAUAAUGACUGGAAUGUUUUAUGAAAAAAAUGAUAUUAAGAAAUGAAUGAUAUUCAAGAAAUGAUAUAUUCCAAACAGUGAUUCGUCGUUGACUAAAAUCCUUUUUGAAGCUCAGAUGCGAAUUAUUGCAGAUGUUUUUGCCAUCAUUUUAUCAAACUGGAUUAUGUUCAGAUUAUUUAGUGCAAAGAAUAUCAAAUGCACGGAGGGCAACAUAUAAAAUCAUAAGUGGCUGAAUUUUUACACACAAAAAGAAAACAUUCUAAAUCAAAUAUUUUAACAAGUAUUUAUUUCUAUUGCUUAUUUCUGGUAAUUGUAAAUAUAUUUUUUCUUACAUAUAUAUGUUAACAAUAUUAAUUUAAACUGUCAUUGUAACAUGUAUAAAUCUUGCAUAAAAUAAACGAUAUCAAUCAUGUA